UUUUUCUUUCUUCUUGUAGGAAACGAAUCCCAUCCAACAAAAGAAGCUACAUAAGCGCUCAUUUGGUCGACCAACCCAUAUUCACGGAAUAUGGGUAACGUUGCGAGUAGUCGAGGGAGCAGGCCAACACCAUGAGGUCAGCUAUCGAGAGCUUGAACCGUCGAGCUACUAUGUGUUCCGUGUAUUUGCCAGAAAUGAAAAAGGAAUUGGAAAACCAAGUGCUGAGACGGAGCAGCUGUUUGUACCUGCUUUCAUACCGGAAGACCCAUUCUAUACCACGUGGUGGUUCAUAGCCAUGGUAGCAAUGUCAACUUUUGUGGUGAUAGUAUUGGUUGUGGCAUUCCUGUGCAUAACCGGCUCUGUCGCUAAAUACAAGCGUGAGAAGCGUGACUCUGUUGACAGCAUCCAUCUUGCCAAUGGAAAUUUUGUAGCUUUCCAAAUGGAAGCGAAUCAUCGCGACAUGGGCAGGAGCAGGAAUGAGUUAUCUACUAGACCGGGCACGAAGCAGUCAUGGCUUUCGGAUCGAGAUCCACCCGCUUAUGGCAGCAUUUUGGGAGACCAUGAGCGGUUGAGAGGCCGAGAAAGUAUCGAUGGUAGCGGAAGUGUAGUGAAUAUGUACGGGUUGGAAACUGAUGUGAUACCUCCUGCGCCAAACCAGGAAGCUAUGCAGAGGGUGAAAGCGUACUUUCCAGGCUCACGGCUCUUGUUGGUCGAGACGUUCGUGGAAGUGCCUAUAUUUCUCAACGGGAUUCCAUAG